AUGACAUAUUUUAUAUGGAAAUCAAAUUCUCAAAUAAUCGAAAACAAUCUUGAUUUUAAUAGUCAGUCUCAAUCAUCGAAUCUCCGUAACAGUCGAAAUAAACAGCGAAGUGCUAGUAAGAAAAAAGCAACAGGUACGACAAUAACAACGACGACGGCCGCUACUACACGAAAAGAAAAGAAAAAAGCAAUGAAAAAGUUACAACAAGAGCAAUCAAGGAUUGAAAUGGAAACAUCUACAGAUUCUUCAAACGACGACAUGAGCAGUGAACGAACAGAAAAACAAGAGCAACAUGCAGAACCAGUAACUAUUAAAAAUCGUCAAAAAGCAAAACCAAUCGAAGAUGGAAAAGACGUGAAUGUGUCAUCAAUUCAACAGCCAACGCCGCCGAAAAAACCUCAGGCCAGUGUAGCUCCUACAGCACAUGUCGUUGUUCAAACAAAACCAGUACAACAAGGUGGAAAUAAAUCAGUACAACAGCAGCAAGUCAAACAAAAUGAUGUCAAACCUCAACAAAAUCAAGUUUUACCAAUACCACAGCAACAACAACUUGUGAAUAACAAAACACAAAGUAGUCAACAAUACGUAUCGCCACCUACGUCGGUUGACAAUAAUGAACAACAAGUCACUUCAUUGUCUCAAACUGCGCCGGUAAGAAACCCAAAUAUAGUGCAGCAAGAUCUAAGUCGUCAACGUUUACCACCUCGUCAACAACGAUCAGCAACAAAUAUUCAAUUAUCAUCUCAACAACAACAAAAUUCUGAUCAACAGCUUGGAGUUGAUUCACGUGUAGAUGAUUUCAUACAGACUGAACAUGCAGCUAGUAUUCAGCCAUUAUCUGCGCUGCUUCCACAACAACAACAACAACAAAGAAAUCCAGCUAACGAUCAACAAUCACAAUCGAUGCCCGUGCAAGUAGCAUUAACAGGUCCUGUUCAAUCAUCACCAACAGUUCAACAAAAUAAACCGCAAAUAAAUGGAUUCACAGAAUCACAGCGCACUCAAGAGUUUCAAAGUGCGGACACCAUAAGAAAGGUUCAGCCAUUAUCACCACCACAACAACAAUCCAUAUCUUACGUACCCUCAGUUAAAAUGGAAAGUUCAUCGUCAUCUUCUCCUACUACUGUUGUUACAUCUAAGAUAAAAAUGAUUGAUCUAGUCAAAGCAUUGCCAUCGACACAAGCUCUCGUUGCUGAAUUAAUGUUAAUAUUUGAUUCAAUGCCAUUAUCGUACGAUGAACUCGAAUUAAUUAUGUACAAAAUCGCCAAUAAGCAAUGUCUUAUUAAACAUGAUUGGAAUCGUUUAUUUGAAAAAGGACAAAAAGUUGAUCCACGUGAACAUAUAAAUUCAAUUAUGUCUGACACAUUAAGAACUGAAAUGGCAUUGAUCGGUCAAGAAUUACAGCAAGAAAAAAAGACGACACAAGAGCUAUGCAAACAAUUGCAAGAUAAAGAACAAUUAUUAAGACGUUAUUCAUCUCAACCACCGCCUGACUAUAUUCCGUCUGCUCAACAUCAAAAUCAGUUAAUUGGUCUUCAAUUACAAAUCCGUCAUUUACAAGAUGAAAAUCAACAAUUACUUCAUCAGAUUAAUAAACAGUUUCUUAUUCAUCCGCUACCACAACCUCUUUAUGAACCUCAAUAUAGUGGUCAACAACGGUCCAAUGAAAGUUUACAACAACAAAUAAGUAUAUUAACAAAUCAACUACAACAGAUGACUAUUAAAAAUGUUACGUUAGAAAAACAAUUUAAAGAAUCUGAAACAGUCAAGAUUUCAUUUAAAAAAGCCGAUAUUUUAAAUCAACAACGUAUUGAAAAACUAUUAUAUGAUAUAAAUAAACUUGAAAAUAAUGAACAAAAUGUAUUACAAUUAAAACAAGAUUUCAAUCAACUACAAACGAAAUAUAAUGAAUUACAAGAAAAACAAAGAUUAGUAGAUAAACAAACAUUAUCAAAUGAAUCGGAACUAUUAAAACAAGAACAGAAAAAAUAUGAUGAUCUUGAAAGAAAAUAUCAAAUAUUAAAACAAACUUUAACAAAAUUAGAAGAGAAAGAAAAACAACAACAAAUACCUCACGUUGACAUAGUUCAAAUUCAAAAACAAUUAAGUCAAGAACAAAAAUUAAUUGAACAAUUGAAAUUAAAUUAUUUAGAAUUAGAAAAACAAUAUGAAGUACUCAAGCAAAAUACGUGUACAAACGAUGAUGAUUUGCAACAAAAGCAAGAGAGAAUUGAUCAAUUAGAAAAAGAAAUUGAAAUAUUAAAAGGAGAACAACAAGAUAAAUUACAAGAACAAUUGAAACAUGAGCAAGAGAUUGUUAAGCAAUUACAGGAAAAAUAUUUUGACUUGCAAAUACAAAAUGAGGCAUUCAAACAAAAUACUCAAAUAAACGAUGAAUUGAGACAAAAGCAAGCGAUAAUAGAACAAUUAAUAGAGGAGAAUAAACAAUUAAAACAUGAAAAAGAACUUUAUAACGAACAACAAAAUAAUUCAAAAAAACUUCAAGAUGAACUUGAAAAACAAAGUGAACUAUUGAAACAAAGUUCAUCUAAAUUAGAAUCGUUUCAAUAUCAAUUGAAAGAAAAGCAAGAGCAUAUUGAAAAUUUACAAUUAAAACUAGUUGAUUUAGAAGCACAAAAUCAACAAAUAACACAACGACUCGACGAGUCACAACAGCAAAAAAAUAAUGUUAACAUUGUGAAUAAUCAUCAAUCAAAUGACAAUAAUAAUAAUAAUGAAUUAUUAAAACAGAUACAGUUGUUAACAUUGGAAUUAGAUGAAUUAAAACAGAAAAAUGAUAUAUUAAGAAAACGUAAUUGGAAAGUUAUGGAUGAAUUAAAUUUAACUGAAAAAUUAUUGAUCGAACAAAAACAACAAGCAAUCAAUGAAGAGUAA